UUAGCUUGAUGCAGCUCGGUCCAUCAGUACCAGAGAGAAGAGAACAGAGUCCAGGUAGCUACGAGGAUGAUUUAUGUUCACACACUGUUGCGUCUUCCAGGAUACUCGGCAUAAAAAUGGCAACAGCAACUUCAAUGUUCAGUCUUUGGUAGAAAAAAAAAAGCUUUGGGGGAUUUCAUUUCUCCUCACUGAGCGCGGUAAUUAAAAAAAAAAAAUUCUAAACUGAAAAGCGGCAAAGAAGUUGGACGUAAUUUACUGAGGGUAAUUCAUUGUGACCUCAGACCAUGGCAUACACUUUAGGCUCGACCGCUGAGGACCAGACACGCAGUGUCGCACCUCAACACUGCAUCACUCGGGUGGAGCUGUCCGUCACUGCAACCAGCCUGCUGGACCGAGAUGUAGCCUCCAAGUCGGACCCCUUCUGUGUUCUCUUCCAUGAGGUGGAUGGGAACUGGGUGGAGCUCGGCCGCACUGAAACAGCUGUGAACAACUUGAACCCAGUGUUUGGAGUGAAGUUUCAAGUGGACUACCACUUUGAGGAGAUCCAGAAGCUUCGCUUUGCCAUGUUCGAUGAAGACAAGUGUGCCACUCAGCUCUACGAACAUGACUUCCUGGGAGAAUUCAUUUGCACACUGGGAGUGAUUGUGUCCAAUAAGAAACUUCACAGACCCUUGAUCUUAGCCAAUGGGAAGCCAGCUGGCAAAGGAUCCAUUACGAUAACAGCUCAGGAGCUGUCUGACAACAGAAUCAUCACUUUGACCCUGAGUGGGCGUAAACUGGAUAAGAAGGACUUUUUUGGGAAGUCAGACCCCUACCUGGAGUUUCACAAACAGGGAGAAGACGGCAAAUGGAUGCUGGUGCACAGGACCGAGGUCAUAAAGAACACUUUAGAUCCAGCAUGGAAACCCUUUACUGUGCCGCUUAUUUCUCUCUGCAAUGGAGAUGUGGACAGAAACAUCAAGGUCCUGUGUUACGACUAUGAUAAUGAUGGAGGCCACGACUUCAUAGGAGAGUUUCAAACCACAGCUGCCAAGAUGAGUGAAGCCCAGAACUCAGUGGAGGUGGAGUUUGACUGCAUCAACCCCAAGAAACAGAAGAAGAAGAAGAGUUAUAAAAACUCUGGCAUUAUCAUAGUAAAGUUAUGUAAGAUUACAAGAGACUACACUUUUCUGGAUUACAUACUGGGAGGAUGCCAGCUCAUGUUUACGGUUGGUAUAGACUUCACAGCAUCUAAUGGGAACCCUCGAGAGCCGUCCUCCCUCCACUACAUUAACCCACUGGGCAGCAACGAGUAUCUCGCUGCCAUUUUAGCUGUGGGACAAAUCAUACAGGACUAUGAUACCGACAAAAUGUUUCCUGCUCUGGGAUUUGGAGCCCAACUCCCACCAGACUGGAAGGUGUCACACGAAUUUGCAAUCAACUUUAACCCCACCAACCCAUUCUGUUCAGGUGUGGAGGGUAUUGCCCAGGCCUACUCUGCCUGUCUCCCUCACAUUCGUUUCUACGGCCCAACUAACUUUGCUCCAAUCAUCAGCCAUGUAGCACGUUUUGCUGCCCAGGCGCUUCAACAAGAGAAUGCAGCGCAGUACUUCACUCUCCUCAUUAUAACGGACGGUGUCAUCAGCGAUAUGGACGAGACGCGUGAUGCCAUCGUACAGGCGUCUAAGCUACCCAUGUCUAUCAUCAUUAUUGGCGUGGGCAACGCAGACUUCGCUGCCAUGGAGUUCUUAGAUGGAGACGCCAGCGUUUUAAGGUCCAACACAGGAGAGGAGGCUGUUCGAGACAUUGUGCAGUUCGUCCCUUUCAGGGAUUUCCGAAAUGCACCCAAGGAGACGCUCGCCAAGUCGGUCCUGGCCGAGCUGCCUCAGCAGGUCACCCAGUACUUUAAACAGCGGAAUCUACCGCCCACCAACACAACGCCGAAGUGAGACGGCCAAAGACGAGAGCCCACACGCUGUACAAUAGCUCAUCAAAGCCUCUCUUCCUGUUUACGGCAAACAAGACAGAAGGAAAGUGUGUAUAUCAGCUGUGAACAACCAUGAGUUGUGGACAAAAAAAAAAAAAAAAAAAAAAAUCAAACAUUGAAGCUAUCCCUGCCAUUAUAUUUGCAAAACUGUUACUGGUUAGAGAAUGUUUUGUCAGUAUCCAGUGUGAAUCCAUCAGAAGUGAUUUUUCCUGUUUCUUAAAGCUUGAGAACGAUAAUAAUGAUGUGUAAAGAACCUUGCUUGUCUACAGUGAUGGCAGGUGUCUGAAAAUGAUAUGGAUAUAUAUGAAUAUGGCCUUUUUUUUUUUUUUUUUUAAGAGAAAUGAAAAAUAUCCAGAUUUAUCAGGAUGUAGUUUUUUUUGUUGCUUUUUGCAUGUGUGUCUUGUGAUUGAUACCAUGUGACGGAUACAACUCUUUGGUGUAAAGUCCCUUCUAAGCUGAAAUACUGUAUAUCAGUGGAUGAAUCCUGUCCCGUUGUCGUAUGGAUCCUUUUCAGGUAGCAGAUCAGAUGAAGUCUGUUUGCUUUUGUGCUCGUGUGGCAGACUCAGACUGAGCCUGAACAGAGCACUAUUUCUUCACAACCUGCUCCGGCGUCGGAGGGGGCGGGGGGGGGAGGCUUUUAAUUUUGACAUUUUUGAUCACCGGCCAUCUCAGAGGUGGGUUCUAAUGCUCCACUAUGCUGAUUUGAUUCAAGAGAACAGAACCAGAGGAGGGUGAGGCCUUAGUGGCAGCUGUAGCACUAACCCAAGAUCGAUGUGGGAUACUGUGUGUGAACUGUAUUAGGCUGUUAAAUACGGAGCCAUUUUGCUAGAUUUUGCAAAAUCCUUGUAUUUCUUAUGAAUUCAGUUCAUCCUGCAUGUUGCCAAUAUCUACUCACUGUUUACAAACUGAUGCUGUUGAUCACAAACCGCACGUUUUUUUUUUUUAAAUUAUGUAUCAGAUUUUGUAAAUAUUUUAAUGAAAUUCUGCCGAAAGGAAAGAAAGUGUUACAUGGCAAAGAAAGACGUGUCAAAGAAGGCUGUUACUGUCAGAGUUUGAAUGAUUGGAAGCAGAAGAGGAGUUUCUCAUAUGCAUAUAUAUCGAAUGUAUAUUUAUAUGGCGCCGUUCAUGUUCUGAUAAGCCAAUGUUUCUGACAUGUUUCUAAUGUACUUUUUAUGCAGUGCUGAUUUGCGUAAUUAUCCUACUAUGUGUAUUGCUGUGAAUCUUUGUACUAAAU